AAUAAGUUAGAAUGUUUAGUUCCGCCUCGCUGAAGGGGAAGUUAGCGAGAAUUUUUUUGCGGGGUGAGGAGUGAAACUGCGGAGAGCUAUGGCGCUGCCAGGUGUAAACAAGGAUAAUAUCCGAGCAGGAUGUAAAAAGUGUGGAUAUCCUGGCCACCUUACGUUUGAGUGUAGAAAUUUCCUCAGAGUGGACCCACAGCGAGACAUUGUGUUAGAUGUGAGCAGCACAAGCAGUGGGGACUCUGAUGAAGAGGACGAGAUCCCAACUCAGCCCCCACUUUCUGUAGAUAAGAAAAGUGUGGCAGAAGUAAGUAAAAAGAAGCUGAAGAAA